UUAUUGUUGACAAAUCUUUAAUUUGAGUCGAUGUGUUUUUUUUAUUUUUAGAAAUAUGAUGACGUUAUUUUAGUUCUUCUUUAUUGUUGCAUUAUAUCGCGCAAAAUUAACAAAAGUAUCCCUGCUAAUUCUAUUCUAUGAAAAAAAAGUGGAAAGGAAGAAAACCAGAAAGUAAAGAAUAAAAAGUAUGCAAUAGAAUUGGAAAUGAGAUAAGAAAGACAGAAGAAGUAAUCAAUUAAUACUAUAAAAGCAGGUAUGUCUAUCGUGAUGAAAAACGUAUCAGUGUCGCGAUGGUGUUUUAAUAAACGUAGAAGAAGGUAGGAAAAGAUUAGUGUAUUUUACAACAUGAUGCGUCUAAAGAAUCAGAAAUUAAAAAAAGAUCCGAGAAUUUUGAUUUUCGUCUUCAUUUUAUAAGAUCGGAUAGUUCUGUUCUACACAUUUAAUCCGUUGAAUAUGAUUUUUCUUGAAUUUUUUUCCUUGGCUAACAAUUAACAGGAGAUCUUACAUUUUUACGCUGCCAAGACCGAUAAAUACGGCAGUUUUCUCUAAAAUAUUCGUUUUAUAUUCAUCUAAAAAAGUAGUCUUCGUAUAAUGCCAUCUAUCAUGUACAACACUCGUUCAAAAUUUAAAUAAUUAAUUUAAACAGUAAAAAUAAUGCCCCUGAUCUAUACUAUAAUUAAUUAGUUUUUCAUACCUUGAUUUUAUAUUGAUCAACCAUUGAAUGGUCAACCAGUACAUGAUCAACCAUUGGAUGGUCAACCAUUAGAUAAUCAACCAUUAGAUGAUCAACCAUUAGAUGAUGAUGCAUUAAAUAUUAAAAUGGACACCAUGACAUUAAUGGCUGAUUCAUCAUCAUUAAAAGCAUCAAAUAUUUUAGUACCAUUAACAAAUGAUGAUCGAAUAAUCAGUGAUAAAUCACCAUUGAAAACUAAUUAUUCAACAGCAACAACAACAAAUAUUUUCUUAUCAUCAGAUAAUGUAUUGAUGAGCGAUUUAUCAAUGGAAGAGAAUCAUCCACAUGAUGAUGAUUUUGAAGAUCGUUUGACCAAAUUACGAAGAGAACAUGAAGAAAGAAUGAAAGAAUAUGAUGAUAAAAUUCAGCAUUUUGAGAAGAAAAUAAAUAAAGUUUGUAAACAAAUAAAAAAAAUGGGUCGAGACAUGAAAAACGUGAUGAUCGAAAAAGAAGAAAAACAACAAGAAUUUUUAAAUCUUUUGAAUGAACAUGCACGUUUAUCAAAAACAGAUAAUUUACCACAAUUAUCUUUCGCUGGUUCAGUUACUAGAAUUACCAAUACAAUUGUUUUAGCUCCUGUUGAAAGAGUGAAAUGUUUAUUACAAGCUCAAGAAGCGGCGAAAUCAAAUAAAAAUGUCUUAUCCACUGAAUAUAAUGGAUCAUUUGAUUGUGCUCGACAAUUCUAUAGAAAAGGUGGAAUUCAAAAUUUAUAUUGA